CACACACAUUUGUUUGUGUGUUUAAGCCCAAAGCCUUAACAGAUAAACAAAAAGACUUCCAAAUUAAGAUAGUCAUCACACCACAAACUACCAUCUCAUCUGACUGUAAAAUCAUUUUGAUGUGUGGUUGACAUUCAUAGUCUCUCAAGUACAAAACCUUCCAAAUAUCUGAUAAUGACAAAACAUUACUGCUAGGCAUCAAUUUGACGUACUUGAACUUGAAGUAACUAAGAUGGGAGGUGGAAAGGACAAACAACAUGAGUCUACUGACAAAGGGUUAUUUUCAUUUGAUGGUGGAUUUGGUGCUGGACACUAUCCUGGAUCAUACCCUCCGCAAGGAUAUGGAUAUCCCCCACAAGCACAUCAUGGAUAUCCUUCCUCCGGUGGGUAUCCUCCACCUGGAUAUCCUUCCAAUGGGGGAUAUCCACCAGCCGCCUAUCCAAGUGGAUAUCCCCCAGCCGGUUAUCCAGGUCACCCAGGUCCAUAUCAUUCAGGAUAUGGAUCUAGCAUGGGACUGGGAGGGAUGUUAGCUGGGGGUGUUGCUGCAUACGGGGCCAACCAUCUUGCGCAUGGGCGCCAUAACCCUGGAUAUGGUUACGGGGGUUACCAGGGCUAUGGGGGUUCUCAUGGGAAGUUCAAACAUGGCAAAUUUAAGGGAAAGGGGUAUGGCAAGCCCUUUGGGGGCAAGUUCAAGAAAUGGAAGUGAUCAUGGAGUGGAUCCAGGCAACAUAUCAUGGUCGGUUCAAGAUCUGAGUCUAUAAAUAAUCUUAUACUUUAAAUGGCUUUCUAAUAAUUACGACAGCCAUGCUGUUUCGGGUUGUCUUCUUGUUUCUUUAAAUAAUGCUAUAUACUGUAUAUGUCGUGUAAUUUAGUUGUUUUUGUUCCUUUGAGAAGGCUAGUGGAAUGCUUCUUUAGGCAAUUGUUUUGGCAGCUACUUAUAUGAUGAAUGCCUCAAAGGCCCGAAUGCAUUGGCCUAAAUUGAUAAAUUAAAUAGGGUGCACAGCCCUGUAUUUAUUAAAGACGUAUUUUGUGUUCGGGCGG